AUGUGGAUCCAAAACUCUAUUACAUGGUCUCCGAAUCUUAUUCUAUUCCCAUUUGUCGCAUGGCUCUGUCAUGAUUGGAGAACGAUGUCCGUUGUUAUUGCAGCUGCUUCGAUUGCAACUUUCUUCGCAGUUUUCCUUCUCGAAGAAUCUCCUCGUUGGUUGAUCCAAAAGGGAAGACUCGAUGAAGCCCGUAAAAAUCCGAAAAACCGAUAG